CGGAGCUUCAGCCCAUGAGCCCCCCCCCCCCGCACUCUGCCUCAUCGUGCUCGUCUUCCUCACGCACCUUCAGCUCCCGGCUCUGCAGCCCGGCGCCGGCGGCGUGGACACGCCCCUCCCCGGGCCUCCAGCCCUCCCAGCGGCGGCCCGCCCCGGCGGCGUGUUGGUGUACGAUGGCGCGGUGGGAUGCUGAGGGCCGCCGCGGGGGUCUGUGAUGUCAUCGCCCAGCAGCCCGGGCGAGAGCCGGCGUGGCGCUCCCAGAUUCUUCGUGGGCUGCGAGGACGAUGAGAGCGAGACCCUGGACGACAGCAUGAGGACGGACAUGGAGCUGUACGAGGACCAGGAGGACUCCGACUCGCCUCCGGAGCAACAGAUCGAGGUGGGGAUCUGCUGCAUGAUGAAGAAGUCCAAGUCCAAGCCCAUGACCCAGAUCCUGGAGAGGCUGUGCAGGUUCGAGUUCAUCACUGUGGUCAUCUUCCCCGAGGACGUGAUCCUCAACGAGUCCGUGGACAAGUGGCCGCUGUGCGACUGCCUCAUCUCCUUCCACUCCAAAGGCUUCCCACUGGACAAGGCAGUGAGCUACGCCAAACUCAGAAAUCCUCUGCUCAUCAACGACCUGAACAUGCAGUACUACAUUCAGGACAGGAGGGAGGUGUAUCGCAUCCUGCAGGAGGAAGGGAUUGACCUGCCACGCUACGCCGUGCUGAACCGGGACCCAGAUAAACCAGAUGAGUGUAACCUGGUGGAAGGAGAGGACCACGUGGAGGUGAACGGAGAGAUCUUCCAGAAGCCUUUCGUUGAGAAGCCCGUCUGUGCCGAGGACCACAACGUCUACAUCUACUACCCCACGUCUGCCGGGGGGGGCAGCCAGCGUCUCUUCAGAAAGAUCGGGAGCCGCAGCAGCGUCUACUCACCGGAGAGCUGCGUGAGGAAGACCGGCUCGUACAUCUAUGAAGAGUUCAUGCCAACAGAUGGAACUGACGUUAAGGUCUACACUGUGGGACCAGACUACGCUCACGCUGAGGCCCGGAAGUCUCCAGCUCUGGACGGGAAGGUGGAGAGAGACAGCGAAGGCAAGGAGGUCCGCUACCCGGUCAUGCUCUCCGCCAUGGAGAAGCUGGUGGCCCGCAAGGUCUGCCUGGCGUUCAAGCAAACUGUCUGCGGCUUCGACCUCCUCAGAGCCAACGGACACUCGUAUGUGUGCGACGUCAACGGUUUCAGUUUCGUGAAAAACUCAAUGAAGUACUAUGACGACUGUGCCAAGAUCCUGGGGAACAUUGUGAUGCGUGAGCUGGCUCCUCAGUUUCAGAUUCCUUGGUCGAUCCCGACGGAGGCCGAGGACAUCCCCAUCGUCCCCACCACCUCAGGGACCAUGAUGGAGCUGCGCUGUGUCAUCGCCAUCAUCCGACACGGAGACAGGACGCCGAAGCAGAAGAUGAAGAUGGAAGUCCGUAACCCCAUGUUCUUCGAUCUGUUUGACAAAUAUGGAGGCUACAAAACGGGGAAACUGAAGCUGAAGAAACCCAAACAACUGCAGGAGGUGCUGGACAUCACCCGGCAGCUGUUAGCAGAACUAGGACAACACACUGACUGUGAGAUAGAGGAGAAGAAGUCCAAACUGGAGCAGCUGAAGACUGUUCUGGAAAUGUACGGUCACUUCUCUGGGAUCAACAGAAAGGUGCAGUUAACGUACCUGCCACACGGGCAGCCCAAGACCUCCAGUGAGGAGGAAGACGCGCGUAAGGAAGCUCCGUCUCUGCUGCUGGUGCUGAAGUGGGGGGGGGAGCUGACCCCUGCUGGACGAGUUCAGGCCGAGGAGCUGGGAAGAGCCUUCCGCUGCAUGUACCCCGGAGGACAAGGAGACUACGCUGGUUUCCCUGGCUGCGGGUUGCUGCGUCUGCACAGCACCUACAGACACGACCUGAAGAUCUACGCGUCGGAUGAAGGACGGGUGCAGAUGACGGCCGCAGCGUUCGCUAAGGGUCUGCUGGCGCUGGAGGGCGAGCUGACUCCCAUCCUGGUGCAGAUGGUGAAGAGCGCCAACAUGAACGGGCUCCUGGACAACGACAGCGACUCGCUGAGCAGCUGCCAGCACCGGGUCAAGGCCCGCCUCCACGAGAUCCUGCAGAAGGACCGGAACUUCAUCGAUGAAGACUACGAUCGGCUGGCGCCAAACUGCAGCGCCUCUUUGGUGAAUUCGAUGAAGAUCGUCCAGAACCCGGUGUUCACAUGUGACCAGGUCUACGCCCUCAUUCAGAAUCUCACUUCUCAGAUCCGCAAAAGAAUGGAGGACCCCAAGUCAGCCGACCUGCAGCUGUACCACAGUGAGACGCUGGAGCUGAUGCUGCAGCGCUGGUCCAAACUGGAGAGAGACUUCCGCAUGAAGAACGGCCGCUACGACAUCAGUAAGAUCCCAGACAUCUACGACUGUGUGAAGUAUGACGUGAUCCACAACGGCAGCCUGGGCCUGGAGGACACGCUGGAGCUGUUCCGUCUGUCCCGAGCUCUGGCCGACAUCGUCAUCCCACAGGAAUAUGGCAUAAAUAAAGGGGAGAAAUUGGACAUAGCGUACGCCUACUGCCUCCCACUGGUCAGGAAGAUUCUGCUGGACCUGCAGAGGACCCACGAGGACGAGUCUGUCAACAAACUACAUCCUCUGUACUCUCGAGGAGUGAUGUCCCCGGGACGCCACGUCAGGACACGUCUCUACUUCACCAGUGAGAGUCACGUCCACUCGCUGCUCAGCAUCCUGCGCUACGGUGGCCUGCUGGACGAGGAGAAGGACCAGCAGUGGAAGCGAGCCAUGGAUUACCUCAGUGCUGUGUCUGAACUCAACUACAUGACUCAGUUAGUCAUCAUGUUGUAUGAGGACAACAAUAAGGACCUGACCUCUGAGGAACGUUUCCACGUGGAGCUUCACUUCAGCCCGGGGGUGAAAGGCGUGGAGGAGGAGGAGAACGCUCCGACCGGCUUCGGCUUCAGGCCGGCUUCUGCAGAGAACGGCCAGAAGCAGCCGGACCCCGGCAGCCUGGAGGACUUGUCCCGGGACGAGACGGACCGGGCCGUGCCGCUGUCCGAGCCCAUCGCCAUCCAGAGGAAGUCGCCACUCAUACGCAAUCACAAGACCGGGUCCAUGGAGGUCCUGUCGGAAACAUCAUCCUCCAAAUCGGGCAGCUACCGCCUCUUCUCCUUCUGCUCGCGUCAGUCCCCCGAGAUGAAGCAAAGUGGAUUAGGCUCUCAGUGCGCCGGCCUCUUCAGCACCACUGUCCUCGGUGGCUCCUCUAGCGCCCCCAACCUGCAGGACUACGCACGUGCACACCGCAAAAAAUUCUCCAGCGGCAGUCUGUCCUACAAAGACGAGUUGUUGUCUAUGCCGGCAGUAAAACGAUUUUCUGUGUCGUUUGCAAAGUAUCCGACUAAUGAGCCCUUUGAGGAGCACCAUGUGGUCCAGGUGUUGAGACCUUUCUUCACCGACCCCAGCUUGGCCCACCACCUCCACCAGUGCUCCUACCACCUCCGCCUCUUCAGGAACUGGCUGAUCUCCGGCCAGGACGCCCUCGAGUACCUCUACGGCUUCGAGGGCUGCUCCAUGGUUCCCUCCAUCUAUCCUCUGGAGACGCUGCACAACUCGCUGUCGCUCAAGCAGGUCGACGAGUUCCUCACCGGCGUGUGCCAGAGCGCCGGGGACCCGCACGCCAGGACCACCAGAGCUCUGUCGGCCAUGUUGGACGCCCACAGCCAGCCGCCGGGCGACGCCUACCUCCCCCAGAGAGUCUCCGCCUCCUCCAGCGGCCUCCGCACCCGCUCCGACAGACCGCCCUGGUACAGCAGCGGUCCGUCCAGCACGGUGUCCAGCGCCGGUCCGUCCUCCCCCACCGCCGCCGACACGCCCCCCCGCUUCAGCUUCAGUGAGAAGACGUCCCUGACGCCUCAGAGCAGCGAGGAGACGCACUCGUCUCAGAACCUGGCGUCCCAGGUCGGGGGGGUCGGGUCCCUGGACCCGGCUGGACCUGCGGCGCCCCCCCCCCCCGCCGGCGUCCCACUGACCCCACACAACUCCCCCGAGGACGAGGACGCCCCGGGUCCUCAGUCCGUCCCUCCGGAGGCCGGAGCCGACUCGGUGGAGGUCUCGGACCCGGAGCUGCGGCCGGCGUGCUCGGCGCCGGCGUGCUCGGCGGCGCUGGCGUGCUCGGCGGCGCUGGCGGAGCCGGCGGUGGGUCGGAUGGAGGGCUACUGCCCCCCCUCCUCCCUGCCCGUGCUGCUGGAGCUCCGGGAGUCCAGCAGCGAGGCGGGCUCCAGCUCCCAGACGCCUCAGUCCCCCGAGGGCCCGGACCAGUUCUUCGACACGCAGGAGUCCAUGGAGCUGUGGGCGGACAGUCCCGAGAGCCCCCCCCCAGCGGACACGCCCCCGGAGGCCGGAGCCACUCACCCAGCCGAGCCGUAGAGCGACCCCCCCCCCCUCGAGCUGGUCCUGUGUUGGAUCAGAAGAUGACGUCGUGUUGUGUGUUGCUUCCACUGAGCUGCAGCAUCGGUCUCUGGCCACCAGGGGGCAGAAGAACUGAGUUCCUCAUCCACACGAUGAUCGUGGAUCCAGAGUUUCCUCAGUUCUCCGGCUCGGCGCUAAUCUCCGAUGUCAGGAAAUCUUUUCCACAUCUGAUCAGUUUUUAAUUGACCAUAAAUAUAUUGAUUAAUAAAUAUACAUUAAUGAGCUGUGAGCUGUGAGCUCAUGAUGAUGUCACCUUGUGAUGAUGUCACCUCGUGAUGAUGUCACCUCGUGAUGAUGUCACCUCGUGAUGAUGUCACCUCGUGAUGAUGUCACCUCGUGAUGAUGUCACCUCAUGAUGAUGUCACCUCAUGAUGUCACCUCGUGAUGAUGUCACCUCGUGAUGAUGUCACCUUGUGAUGUCAACUCGUGAUGAUGUCACCUCGUGAUGAUGUCACCUCGUGAUGAUGUCACCUCGUGAUGAUGUCACCUCAUGAUGUCACCUCGUGAUGAUGUCACCUCGUGAUGAUGUCACCUCGUGAUGAUGUCACCUCGUGAUGAUGUCACCUCGUGAUGAUGUCACCUCGUGAUGAUGUCACCUCAUGAUGAUGUCACCUCAUGAUGUCACCUCAUGAUGAUGUCACCUCAUGAUGAUGUCACCUCAUGGUCGACACACGAGCACAAACGUUCUACGUGUUUGUUACAGGAAAAAGUGUAAACACACUGGCUGAGUCUUCAUCAUGCGACGAGCGUCUUCAUCUUCAUCACUAGCGUGUGUGAGUCUCCAGGUCAAAGUGUGUGAGUCUCCAGGUCAAAGUGUGUGAGUCUCCAGGUCAAAGUGUGUAACUGCUUACUGCCAAAGUCCUUAAGCCUCCAAGAGUUAAUAUAAUCAGUAGAGAAAGAUGGAGACCAUAUUUAUUAUGAAACUGCAGCUUGAAGAGAAAUAUCUGGUAUUUUUAAUAGCUUGACAUUCGAUAUUUAAUUGUACCAUAACUAAUGUAUAUUCACUGAAAUCUAAAAUCCUUUUUAUCACUGAACAAACAGGAGGGGCAUGUUACAUUCAGUGCUUUUAUUGUGGCGAGCAGUGAUGUAGCAGGUGGGGGGGGGGGGGUUUAUGUUACAUUGUGAUGUUCAGACGUGUAAAACACACAACUGUGAGUCUGACGUGUCUGUGUACACAUUAAAAUCAUGACACCACACUUUCA